AUGAGUGACUACUUGUUAGACAAUGCCUUCCCCAUUGAGUUGAUGACAAUGAUUUUCGUGGCUUUGCCCAUCAAAUCCUUAGGCAGGGCAAGAUGCGUCUGCAAACCAUGGAACAAAUUUUUGUCUUCUAAUUCUUUCAUGUCGAUGCAUGCCCAAACUAUUUUGCAGCCUAUGGCCAUGAUGGCCUUGGAGACUGCUAAUGGAGAUUUUGAAGUCCAUCAUCUAUGGUCACCAUCAAGUACUUCGAUGAUGGACGGUGGAGAUGCUUUCAUAGUUCAGUCAAUGGGAAGCAACACAUCACUACGUCGAUGGUUAUGGUGGCCACACUGUGGUGCCGCCCUAGCUUCAAGUGGAGGACUCAUUUGUUAUUUGGUGAAAGAAGUCUCAGAAGCUUUUCUUCGUGUGGGAAACUUGGCUAUUGGAGUAUAUAGAACCGUGCCAGCAUUAAGGAACAUGGAGCAUUUGUUGGGCUUCCUUUUUGAGCCUAACACUUGCUUAUUCAAAAUCAUGGCCUUGUCCAAAGAAGGAGUUUUCUUGUUUGAUUCUUCAAGGAUAGCAUGGAAACCAAUCAAUCCUCCAGCAUCAAAAGAUGACUACUGCUACAUCACAGAACACAUUACUCCAUGGGCUCCCUAUGUUGCAUGUGCUAGAGGCAAGUGUUACUUGAACCCUGUUUAUGAUGAAAAACACAUUGCCUUUGACAUGGUGAAUGAGGAGUGGGAGAGCAUUUUGGAUCUGCCAACCGGUGUUUACGGUAGGAUCCAAGCAUGGGAGGAUCGGGUUUACAUGAUAAACGAGUCGCUGGAAUCUGAAUAUGUUAGUAUUUGGGUUUUGGAAGAUAAUAGGUGGGUUGAGAAAAUCAAUAUCGAUGUUCGAAGUAUCUCGGGUUGGGGCUUCUUCCCUGUGAUUUACCAUGGUGACAUAGUCUUUCUAGUGGAUUCCCCUAAGGUUUUUGUAUACAAUAUUAAGAUUGCAGCCAUGGUUGAUGAGAUCAAUUUGGAAGAAAGCUUUGGAAGCCCUCACUUCUUCCCUUACAAACUCACACUGUUUCAUCCCCCAAUCUUUGCUUGA